CAAGGAGUAAGCAUCAGCAUCCGACACUGCAUCCUCGCCAUCCUUCCCCCCAUCCUCCACCUCCUUGAAACAUCCGACAUGGCGGACCCCAGUAUCACAUCUCCUUCUGGGACUCCGCUGCGCUCCCCCAACGCCUCUCUCACCCUGUCCUUCCCCUUCCUGAGGGAGGGCAGCCGGGUGUGGGAGCACGGGAAGGAGCAACCGCUGCCACGGGAUCUGCCCAGCCCACUGCCAACCAAGCGCACUCGCACCUAUUCAGCUACAGUACGUGCUAACUCGGGUCCAGUGUUCAAGGGUGUAUGUAAGAACUUCUCCAGGUCACAAGGUCACGGCUUCAUACGGCCCUCCCACGGCGGCGAAGACGUCUUUGUUCACAUCUCAGACAUCGACGGGGAGUAUGUCCCAGUCGAGGGCGACGAGGUCACGUACAAAGUGUGCCGGGUCCCGCCCAAGAACCUGAAGGUGCAGGCCGUGGACGUGAAGAUCACACAUCUCAACCCGGGGACGAAACACGAGACCUGGUCUGGGCAGAUCAUCAGCUCAUAGAACCAGAGCUCCUGGCCUGGUGGGACGUACUGGCUAGGGCAAGGCAGGGCAGGGCAGGGCAGGACAGGGCAGGGCGGGGUUGGGGGUUGGGGGUUGAUUGGGCACUGGUAAAACUUACAUUCUGUGCUAAAAAACCUUUUGAAAAAACAUGUUUUUCCUACACAGCAUAGAGCGCAGUGUUCGUAAGUGUCGGGUGUAGCUGGCGAUGACAGAGCUGAUGAACUGUCUGUAUACUACACUGAUGUCUUCGCUGUGUGUGUGUGUGUGUGUGUGUGUGUGUGUGUGUGUGUGUAUGUGUGUGUGUGUGUGUGUGAAACUGACCAUGUGUUCAUUGUUAGGUCACAUUCUUGAUGUAUUUAUAUUUUCUGUUCACACUGCUGAGCGUGUGUGCAAAGAGGAGGGCAACUUGGGACAAAAGGCUGAAUUCAGUUUUACUUCCCUUCUUCGCAGCCUGUCGUGCAGUUGUUCACUUCAAGUGAGACUUUGGAAAGAAGUGCAGAAUUUUCGAGCGACUUGUUGCUUUGUGAAAGAAAGAUUGUUUGACAAUCCUUAGAGCAGUGAAUCACAGCUGGUUUUCCUUUUGAAAACUCCAAAUAGAAUCUUUAUAGAACGUCUACUCUUGCACCCCUUGAAAGGACUCGUGACCUCCUUUUGGGUUCCAGGUCACCAAUUUAGAAACCUGAUAUUAGGACGUUAAAGAGGAUUUUUUUUUUUUGAAAUUGAGAGGUACUGAAAGUUGGAGGCAGUGUCAGUUAGGAAAUCGAUUUGUCUUAGAUGGAAAAAGCAUGAAGGGAGACCAGAACUAGAACAAAAAAGAGACCAUAUGAAACCAAAUAUGGACAUUUCAAAAAUAUAAACAAAAUGUUCAGUGAAUGAAAAGUGAUGGCAAGUAUUUCCCCCCUGAAAAAUGCAUAUCCUAAGUUGUCUUGUCUUGUUUGUGGUAUUUACUUUGAUUAUUUAUUUGAUGAUUUGUGUGUACUCAGAUUACAAACUCUAUAUUUUGGUUAAUACAGUCAAAGGUUGCACAGGAGAACUUUGAACAUCCACUAUGAGAACUGCCACAGUCACUGCCUUCGUGGCUUUAGUCAAUUUGAUGUCCUUUUGAAAAUUCUUGUUUUGAAAGUGUCUGGAGUCAACCAUUUCUAAAUCUCUUUUUCUACUGUUAGAAAACAAACAAUGUGUAUCUGUGUGUCAUCUAUUGAGUGCACUCAUGGUGACUGUGAACUACAUGAUUUCAGAUUUGGUGCCAAUGGAAACCAUCGUCACAGAAAUGUCGUCUGUAGCUAUUUAGGUUGUAAACUUUACUGUAAGUCAUUUUCUAUUUUUGUGAGCGUUCGUUUAUUUGUCACAUCAAAGAGCACUUUCUUUUGUGGUCGAGCCACGGUGGUGGGGAUCCCCAUGACUGAUUCUAAUGAGCCUUGAAAGAACAUUAAAGCAUUUUAAGAUUC